AUGUUCAAGAAAAUCGAUCCAAAGCUUCUCACGGAUGCGGUCUUCUUUGUUGGGGCCUCCCUUUCCAUAUUCUAUCUUCUCACACAUAUUCUGGGAGAGGAAGGGCCGGCACGGACAUCGAAAGAAACUAAGAAGAAGGCCAAGCUGUCCCUUGAAAAGCUAAAGCGUGCGAAUCCGGGCCUCAAUCUUGAGCUCUCUGAGUACGAAAAGGUGAUCCUCAACAGUGUAAUCCCUCCAGACGAAAUAGGUGUCUCUUUCGAAGACAUCGGAGGCCUCGAUAAUAUCAUCAGCGAUCUGCAAGAGUCUGUGAUUCUUCCGUUAACAUGUCCCGAUCUGUUCACCCAAUACUCCACCCUGUUGCAAGCGCCCAAGGGCGUUCUACUAUACGGACCUCCGGGGUGCGGGAAAACGAUGCUGGCCAAAGCUUUGGCGUCCAAAUCAAGAGCAAACUUCAUAUCUAUCAGGAUGUCUACAAUCAUGGAUAAAUGGUACGGUGAGUCCAAUAAGCUGGUAGACGCGCUGUUUUCGCUCGCAAACAAGUUACAGCCAUGUAUCAUAUUCAUUGAUGAGAUUGACUCGUUUUUGCGCGAAAGAAACUCGAUGGACCACGAGAUCACAGCAACACUGAAAGCCGAAUUCAUGACGCUUUGGGACGGGCUCACGUCGUCGGGAAGAAUCCUCAUUUUGGGAGCCACCAACCGGCCUGACGAUAUCGACUCGGCAUUCAUGAGACGAAUGCCUAAACGAUUCCCUAUUAAUAUGCCGAACGCAGAGCAACGGCACAAGAUAUUGGAGAAAUUACUGGACAAUGUGGAUUACGAUUUCGAGCUAGACAAACUCGUGCAAAUAACAGACGGCCUGAGCGGGUCGGAUCUCAAGGAGCUUUGUCGCAAUGCAGCGAUUAAUUCCACCAGAGAGUUCAUUAGAAACAACGUGAAAGACGGCAAACCAAUCAAUCCGAAAGAACAGAUAGUGAUGCGGCCGCUGCGGGUGCACGAUUUCAUCGAGAGCGUGACGCCGAGCGACUCGCUGAUCAAGAAACUCGACAAGCUCAAGAUUGACCCUGUCGACUGA